UCCUAAAGUGACUAAAGAACGUAGAUAAGAGAUAAGCAGAAGAACGUGUAGACAAACUCCCUCCUGAACCAUAACCUUCAUUUAUCAUUUAUUAUUACAAAUCUAUGAACACUUAACGUAGAAUAAGUAAAAUGUAGCACGAGAGGGGUAAGAGAAGAGAUGAGCGUGGACCAGAAGCCCGAGAAUGACCUAGGAAGGACAGUGUGUAGAGCGACCCGGAAGGCCAGCCAUAAUGUGUAGUAUUUUGCCCUGGAGAUGCGAGGUCAAAGGUCACCGUCCGUUCUUGAAGUUGCCGAAAUGGCUUCCACGCACCAGUCUGACCACGAAGAGAUGGUUUUACAAGCCCUAAUGCUGCAUUUCACCAACUUCAACUUUGACAAGGCUAAAGAUCAGGCAGAGAAGGAGCGUGACAUGAGCAGAGGCGUUGGGUCUUCCAUGUGGCAGACGUUGCUCACUUGCAUUGCUCAGUUGGCCAUUGCAGAGAAACUGUACAUGAACCUUUCCUUUCUUACCAGCAAAGGAUUUCUAAGGAAAGAGAGUUCUGUUCGAGCAAACUUUGAGUCUCUGAGCCUAGAGUUUGGUGAGUUAGAGAAGAGAAACUUUGAGAGCAGUAACAUCAGGGGCGGUAAUGCCAGGUGCAGUAAUGCCAAGACCAAUAAUGGCAACAGUGCUGGGAAUGAAACGGCAAGUCCCGGAAAUCCUGGCAGCCCUGGUAGCCUAGGGAACCCUGGAAGUCUAGGAAACCCUGCGAGCCCUGUUUCAGAUGGCCUUCUGGAGCACAUAUGUUCACAUCUUGUGCUUUUUACAAAAGCUCGGCUGCAGAUGAUUGCAUUCUAUGAAAGAAUGGUUGGGUCGUCCAUGGAUCGAUUGAUGAACUUUGAGGAAUUGCUGGCACAUGUGACUGAUAUUAGCAUAAAGAACAGCAGGAAUUUCCAUCAUCCUCUGCUGACGCCUCUGAAAACAAGUUUUACAUAUGAGUGUGAUAUCCUUAUGCAUCUGCUCAGAAGUCAAAUUGAGAUGCAGUUUUGGAGGUUCUUCCCUUCCCUCCUCCACCUCCACGAUGCACACACUAAACUGAAUACAUGGCAUGCUGUUGUGCAGUCAAAAGAGACAAAGAAAUAUGGCUUUGGUUCCAAUUUUCUCAAAUCAUCUCCUCUUCCACCAUUAUAUCAGUGGCUCUGGCAAGCGAAAGCAGCUUUUGUCUCUAAGUAUUCCCUAUAUUUUCAUGAGACUUUGGCAGCACAGAGUUCCCCUGCAGAUAUGAAGGGGCUCAUUUCUCGGCAGGGGCAGGCAUGUGAUUAUGUUUCAAAAAUCCAGAGUUUUCAGCGGCGGAGUGAUGCUGCUAGUGUGUGUCUGGUGUUUGAGGCUGCAGGAGUGGAGGACUACCAAGGUGCUGGCUACCACCAUCCCCAGGAAUCAUUGUCUCCUCCUAAAGGAUUGGAUAGCUACCCGGCAAUUUUUUCAUAUCCUCCUACAAAACCCUUGGAUCGCUGGCCAAGUAUAGUCAUGAGAGUGUCGGAUAGAUCAAAUGAAUUAACCUUGAUGGACAGAGUUGUUCACUUCUUUGAUCAGCAGAUUGGGUCCACAUAUUUCCUGUGUCGAGUUGAACCAAGAAUAACAAUUGUUGUGAUAUUUGAUACCAAGAAAUCGGAAAAGGACAAUUACAUAAAGGACUUUGUGUACGACCUUGCCAUGCAACUCCGAGGCAACAAAGUGUUUCAGAACCUCAAGCCAAAGUGAGAUUGUUCCAUGCACUUCUAGGCUGUGGGAAAUUUUUGGUGAUACGGUCUGGAGAAGAGCAUCUUCAAGUUGGGAUGUGCAUUAUGUAAAGAAGUCACUUUUUAAGCUUUGCACCAUUAUGCAUUGUUAUGUUAAAGGUACCAUUAAAUAUUGAUCUGACACAUCAGCUGACCUACAAGUGAUAAAAGAGAUCUUUUAAUUAAGUGUAGGAUAGUGAAUUUUGUUACAGUUUUUAUAUGGAAGCAAAAAGUUUGUAAAGUUUUUCUUGUUACGACUCCCCAUUCUCUCCCGGAUAUACUUAAAAAUGAUUCCUUUUUUAUUGUUAGUAUUUUGUACAAGAUGUAUAUUUACAUGAGGUGCAUCUUUAUAGUAUUUCUUUGAGUAAGUCAUAUUAUAACUUAUCCUUUCAUAACUAUUUUUUUUUUCUGUUAAGAAGGUAUCUUGGAUAAUAGUUGAAAUAUUUUGAAUUAUACCAUAUUUUUAUGUUGAAUAUUUUUGAAUGAUU